AUGUCUUCUAUCUACAAAUACAACGCUUUGGCUACAGUUGGUUCUGGCUCCUUUGGAAAAUGCCUGAAAGUCAGAAGAAUAUCUGAUGGAAAAAUCCUGGCUUGCAAGGUGGUGAGCUUCAGGGACAUGUCCACACGUCAACAUGACAAGCUCCUCCAAGAGGUGGCGCUCCUUAAGAAGUUCAACCACCCAAACAUUGUACAAUGUUAUGAUCAUUUCUUAAACAAGAAUAAGAAACAGGUCUACAUUGUGAUGGAGUACUGCGAGAGUGGAGAUCUGUCUCGCCUCAUCAAACAUGUCAUCAAGACAGGGAAGUCAAUAAAAGAAGAAUUCAUUCUUCAGGUUUUGGUGCAACUUGCCUCAGCACUGAAGCACUGCCACAGACGUCCUGAUGGGAGUGCUGUGCUGCACCAGGACCUGAAGCCAGAAAAUGUUUUCCUCCAAAAGAACCUCACCGUCAAGCUUGGUGAUUUUGGGCUGGCAGAGAUCAUUCCCACCAAGAACGACUGUUCACAGUCAACAGCUGGGACUCCACUGUACAUGUCUCCAGAAAAAACAAAUGGCAAAGUUUACAACGAGAAGUCGGACAUCUGGUCUCUGGGGUGUCUGAUUUACUAUCUGUGUGCCUUAAAGCAUCCAUUUAGUGAUGGUGAAGGAAAAAAUCUCUCAGACUGCAUCAACAGUGGAAAGUUCAAAAGAGUCCCGUCCUGCUAUUCGGACAAGCUGGACUCCCUCAUCAGGGACAUGCUGCAAAUCUGUGAGGACUUGAGGCCCUCAGCUGAGGACAUCCUCAGCAGAUGUCUGCAGACUGAGAAGGCUGCUGAGGAAAAAAGACCACACAGUCCUGAUCAGCCGCCUGCAGACGUCAGGCCCAAAGAGGAGGAAGUCCAGAAAACUCCAAAGAGAAAGCGGAAGCUGGAGUCUGACCACAGUCAAAAAUCCAAGUGGAGGCGGAAAGAGUCCAUGUGUGAGGUGACCAUCAUCGACUCUCACACCGACCGUCGACCUUCACUAGAUGUUCCUUUUGGUUGA